AUGAGUUCGUCAUUUGUUAAUACUGUUUAUCGACGUGCACCAUCGUGCGCAUCGCUAUUGAAUCGAGUCGUAAUACACCGAACUGCAGCGUCGGCAGCGCCAUUGGCUGCAUCGCCAGUCACACCUGAAUCGUUGAUCAACGAACAGAGGUCGCAAUCGAAGGAAAGUAAAGAUCAUGAAAAGACGAAGCAAGAACGUCUUUCGCCGUCUGCAAAGCCGAAGAAAGAGUUGCAGACAUCUACGUCAUUCGUCAUGAAUCUUUUUCGUGGUGAAUUUUAUCCGAAUGAGUUGUUUCCGUAUCCGAACGUUCUCAAUGAAGAACAACGGGAAAAUGUGAAGAUGUUUAUUGAUCCAUUGUGGAAAUUUUUCGAAGAGAAAAAUGAUGCUGCUAAAAAUGACCAACAAGGAAAAAUUCCUGACGAUAUUAUGAAUGGUUUGAAAGAACAGGGUGCAUUUGGUAUCCAGGUUCCUGUCGAAUACGGCGGUCUUGGCUUAACCAAUACUCAAGCAGCACGUCUUUUUGAAAUAGCUAGUGCUCAUGAUUUGAGCAUAUCGGUGUGUAUGGGAGCACAUCAAUCGAUUGGUUUCAAAGGCAUAGUUUUAUUUGGUACUGAAGCACAGAAAAAAAAAUAUUUGGAAAAGUUAGCGUCUGGGGAGCAGAUUGCAGCAUUUGCUCUAACAGAACCUUCAGCUGGUAGUGAUGUAGCUUCGAUCAAAACCAAAGCACAACUGUCAUCUGAUGGUAAACACUAUAUUUUAAACGGUUCGAAAAUUUGGAUAUCAAAUGGUGGUAUUGCUGAAGUAUUUACGGUAUUUGCUCAAGUACCUACUGUUGAUGAUAAAACUGGUCAAACUCAGAAUAAAAUGACGGCUUUCAUCGUCGAAAGAAAAUUUGGCGGUCUUACCAACGGCGCCCCGGAGAAAAAAUUAGGUAUCAACAGCUCAAAUACGACUGAGGUUUACUUCGAAGAUUGUAAAGUUCCUGUGGAAAAUGUACUUGGGGGUGUUGGAAACGGAUUUAAAGUUGCAGUAAAAAUUUUGAACAAUGGACGAUUCAGUAUGGUUGCAGGCUUGUCAGGCACAAUGAAAAUGGCAAUUCGAAAAUCAAUUGAUUUUGCUAAAAAUCGUCGUCAAUUUGGUCGUACAAUUGAUACAUAUGGUAAUGUUCAAGAAAAACUUGUUCGUAUGGAAAUGAGACAAUACAUAACUGAAAGUCUGGCGUAUCUUUUGGCGCAAAAUAUGGACCGAGGCAUACCUGAAUAUCAAUGUGAAGCAGCAGUUGGAAAAAUCUUCGCAUCCGAAUCCGCAUGGUUCGUUUUGGAUGAAGCCAUUCAAAUUCAUGGAGGAAUGGGCUUUAUGAAAGCCACUGGACUUGAACGAGUCAUGCGCGAUCUACGCAUCUUUCGAAUUUUCGAAGGCGCUAACGACAUCCUUCGUCUGUUUGUGGCAUUCACUGGUUUACAAUACGUUGGCGCACACUUACGGGAACUGCAACAAGCAGUGAAAAGCUUUAAUUUCAAUGCCAUUGUUGGUGAAGGUUCAAAACGCUUACGCCGAGGUAUUGGUAUGGCAGCAGGCCCAAACAUCAACGAACAUAUUCAUUCGUCACUUCAUUCAUCUGGUACUCUUCUAUCGAAAUCUAUUGAUCAAUUCGGCGCUACCAUCGAACAGAUUCUGAUCAAAUACGGUAAAAGCAUUCGGGAUGAACAAUUUAUUGUUCAUCGUAUCGGUGAUGUUGUCAUUGAUAUCUAUGCAAUGGCAGCUGGUUUAUCGCGUUGUACACAAUCAUUCACCAGUCAAGUACCAACAGCAGUACACGAAUCAAAUUUGGUACGCAUUUGGUGUGAAGAAGCCUAUGAUCGCAUAAAUUACAAUCUUAAUCUUAUCCAAAAUCCAGCGUUUGUAGCUAGAUCAAAAUUAAUGACAGAACUAGCUCGUGAAAUCGUCGAUAAAGAAUCAACUGUACCCAUACAUCCAUUAGGUUUCUAA